GGCUCUUACACAUUUCUCUUUACCAGUCUGAAGGACACUUUCCUGAACCUUUCAGGGAGGGGGGAAAAAAGCCACCACCAACAAAAACCAAAACAAGCCCUUGAAACCUGGAAGAAAUUGUCACUUUCUUUGGUGGGAUGAAGCAUGUAAGGCAUUUCGCCCCCUCCUUUUUCCUCAGCUUGAUGCACAUUUGCCUGGUUCAGGCAAAUUAUGCCCCCUAUUUCUUCGAUAAUGGAGCCAGAAGCACAAAUGGGAACAUGGCACUUUUCAGCCUUUCGGAGGACACACCUGUUGGUACCCAUGUGUACACUCUGAAUGGAACUGAUCCAGAAGGAGAUCCUGUGACAUAUGGCCUGGCUUAUGAAGCUGGAUCAAGACACUACUUUUCUGUUGACAAGAAUCUUGGAAAUGUUACACUAGUUGAGGAGCUGGACAGAGAGAAAGAAGAUGAGAUUGAAGUUAUUGUCAGUAUUUCAGAUGGCUUGAGUACAGUUUCUGAGAAAGUCAGAAUCCUUGUAAUGGAUGCUAAUGAUGAAAGCCCAGAGUUCAUCAAUACACCUUACAUAGUCCACGUCCCAGAGAACACUCCUUCUGGCAGCAGUAUUUUUAAGGUUGAGGCAGUGGACAAAGACACAGGUUCUGGAGGAAGCAUCACCUACUUCUUACAGAACAUCCAUGCUAAUAAGUUUACAAUAGACCGCCACAGUGGUGUCCUGCGCAUCAAAACAGGGGUCGUCCUGGACUAUGAGAAAUCAAGAACACAUUUUGUUGUUGCUAUAGCCAAGGAUGGUGGUGGGAAGCUCAGGGGAGAUAACAAAGUGUUUUCAGCCACAACAACAGUUACUGUCAAUGUGGAGGAUGUUCAGGACACUCCUCCCAUGUUCAUCGGGACUCCCUACUAUGGAUACGUCUAUGAGGAUACGCUUGCCGGCUCCGAGGUCCUUACUGUUGUUGCUCUUGAUGGAGACAGAGGAAAACCUAAUAGUAUUCAUUACUGCAUUGUAAACGGAAGUGAAGGCUCUUUUGAAAUCAGCAACACAACUGGAGCCAUUUCUGUUAUAAAAAACCCAAAUCAGCUGAAGAAAGAAGUGUAUGAACUAAAAGUUCAGGCAUCAGAAGUCAGUCAGGAAGUUGACAGCUCAGUGUACGCUUUUGCCACGGUGACUAUACGGGUGGUCGACCUCAACAACCAUCCACCAACAUUCUAUGGAGAAAGUGGUCCCCAGAACAAAUUUGAACUGACCAUGUAUGAGCAUCCCCCAGAAGGUGAAAUCUUAAGGGGACUGAAGAUUGCAGUCAAUGAUUCAGAUCAGGGAGCCAAUGCUAAAUUCAACCUCCGUCUUGUUGGACCUGGUGGUAUCUUCCGAGUGGUUCCCCAAACUGUCCUGAAUGAGGCUCAGGUUACAAUAAUAGUGGAAAAUUCUGCUGCUAUUGACUACGAAAAAUUCAAGGUGUUAACCUUCAAGCUUCUUGCAAUAGAGGUGAACACACCAGAGAAAUUCAGUUCGACAGCUGACGUAGUCAUACACUUGCUGGAUACCAAUGACAAUGUCCCAAAGUUCUCCUCCGACUACUACAUCGCCAGGAUCCCUGAGAACUCCCCGGGGGGCUCAAACGUCGUGGCUGUUACGGCUACAGAUCCAGAUUCAGGGCUUUGGGGAGAAGUCAAAUAUUCUAUCUAUGGAACAGGAGCAGAUCUGUUCCUAAUCCACCCAUCAACAGGUAUAAUUUACACCCAGCCCUGGGCUGUGUUAGACGCUGAAGUGAACUCAAAGUAUAAUUUCUACGUGAAGGCAGAGGACACAGAUGGGAAAUACAGCUUAGCUGAAGUGUUCAUCACUGUGCUCGAUGUCAAUGACCACUCUCCAGAGUUCAAUGAAAACAUCCAGGAAAAGACAAUGAUCAUCGGGUCACCAGUAAAGAUAGAGGCUAUAGAUCAAGAUGCAGAAGAACCCAACAACAUUGUGGAUUAUUCCAUCAUGCAAGCAGAUCCAGCCAAUGUGUUUGAUAUAGACCAAAGCACAGGGGAAAUCAAGCUGAAAUCCUAUAUCCGUUCCCUGGAUAUCAUCCACAAUAUCACAAAGAACAAAGACUGCAUAUGGUCAGUGGUGGUGCAGGCCAAAGACCGAGGCUCCCCAUCCUUCAGUACCACAGCAGUUCUGAAGAUUGAUAUCACAGAGGAGACUCUUCACAAAGGGCCUAUGGCCGCCUUUUUGAUGCAAACUAAAGAUAACCCCAUGAAAGCCUUAGGAGUGCUAGCUGGUGUCAUGGGCAUAAUGGUGCUGAUAACUAUCAUGAUCUCUACUGCCAUGUUCUGGCGCAACAAGCGGUCCAACAAAAUCAUGCCGGUAAGAAGGAUCAUAAAAAAGAGACAGAUCCCACAGACUCGGACAGUUAGGAUGGAGUGGCUGAAGUUCAAGAGGCCCAGCAAUGCUGCAGAGAAGUUUGUGGUUGAGGAUGAUACCAAGAGCCUACAGAACGAGAACAGCAACAACAACAUCCACGUUGCCCCUGUGCCACCAACUGCCCCUGUGCCCCCGCCACCCCCUGCACUGGCUCCCAGGGGGGACACGCCAGCAUGGCGGGUGCCAACUGUGUCCGGCUCCCUCACUCCCAAGUUUGUAAACAAGCAGAUGAAGAAGAAAGGUCAUGGUAGCGCCCACAACGCUCUCGUGUCAGAGCUCAAAAUGAAGUUUGAAAAGAGGAAUGCAGCUAUUGGUGAGCCCCACAUCUAGAUGCUCUUGGCAGCCCCCAAAGACUGUGGAUUGUGGCUUGGACAUGGACAUAUUUAUGUGCUGUGGUCUUCCCCUUGUCUGUCAGCACCCUGUGAACUGAGAACAGCUUCUUGCUGUGAAAACUACCCCUCACCUUCUGCAAGUAUUACAUGCUACAGUCAUCCCCACCCAGAUUAAAUGCUGUGGUCUGUAUCCAGUUGCCACUGCCGUUCCUUCAUCUCAUGUCCCAGUGCAGCUGCUCACUCCCUGCAUCUGCCUGACCAGGGUGCUGAGUACCAGCCACAGUCUCCCCAAGUGAACAGGGAUUCAAGUUGCCCGUAUUUCGGAGGUCCCUACCCAGAGUCCUGGUUUUCAAACAAGACACUCUGUAGCCAAGGCACUGGAGGAUGCCACUUCUGACCCAAUCUGGCAGAUGGAUUUGAGGCAUCCAAAAAUCUGUCACUUCAAAUCCCAGACCUACUAUUGAAGAUGCUGGUCUGGCUGGGGCACCACCACUAAGUCAAUGUGCAGAUCUCCUGCAGCAGUGACACUGCAGCCUGCAAAAGGGUAGCAUGUAGCUGCUA